GCCGAUCCCUGCUCUGACAACUGCCGGUUCUCGGCAGUACUUUCCUCGCGCUCUGACAGUGUGAGGAAAGUGCAGCCGAGAACCGGCAGCUGUCAGAUCGUGAGGAAAGUACUGCCGAGAACCGGCAGUUGUCAGAGCGGGGAUCGGCACCGAUCAUCAGGGCACUGAUGAUCAGUGCCCUGAUGAUCGGUGCCCAGCAGUGACACCCGCAAGUUCCGCCCAGCAGUGCGCCCACUAGCCCCGCCCACACCGUUCCCAGCAGUGCCCCCACCUGUGCC